CUGUUUUGAAAAUCGAUGUAUAACUCACAAGUCUACUAUCAAUUAUCAAUUUGGUAAAAAAAAUUGCAAUGCUUUACUGCAAAAGUUUUUGUCAGAAACUUAACUUGCACCGUUUGAGGUCGAUUUCUUCAUUAGUACAAACAAAAGCCUUUAUAGAUGGCAAUUGGGUUAAAGCUCAGAAUAAUGAGGAAUUCGAAGUUUUCAACCCGGCAAAUGGAGCUGUGAUAGGAUCGGUUCCUAAUAUGGAUCCCAAAGAUGCUAACCAAGCAGUACAUGCUGCAAAGAAAGCUUUUGAACUUUCCGAGUGGUCGAAGAUGACUGCCAAAGAACGUUCAAGCUUAUUGAAGAAAUGGUAUUAUCUGAUAGAAAAAAAUGCAGAUGAAUUAGCUUCGAUUAUGAGCGCAGAAUCUGGCAAGCCAAUAAAUGAAGCUCGGGGAGAAGUUACUUAUGGUAAUGCAUUUGUAGAAUGGUUUGCGGAAGAAGCACGACGAAUUUGCGGGGAAGUAGUCCCAAGUCCAACUAAAGAUCGAGAAAUAAUUGUACUAAAACAGCCUUUAGGUGUGGCUGCCCUUAUUACCCCGUGGAAUUUCCCAAUGGCAAUGAUUACUCGAAAAGCUGGAGCGGCAUUGGCAGCAGGUUGCACUAUAAUCAUCAAACCCGCUGAGGACACGCCGCUUACAGCUUUAGCGCUUGUCAAACUGGCAGAACAGGCCGGUUUCCCGAACGGCGUAAUUAAUAUUAUUACAACAAAUAAAGCUGCCCCAAUAGGUGAAUUGUUUUGCAAAAGCCCAGAUGUCAAAGGUAUAUCCUUUACUGGAUCCACAGAAGUAGGGAAAUGGUUAUUUCGCAAUUCGUCGGAUGGAAUUAAACGGCUAUCAUUGGAAUUAGGGGGCAAUGCCCCAUUUAUUGUUUUUAAUUCAGCCAACUUAGAAAUUGCAGUUAACGCUGCUCUUUCAUGUAAAUUUCGUAACUGUGGACAAACUUGCAUAUCAGCAAAUCGAUUUUUUUUGCAAGAAGAAAUACAUGACAAGUUCAUAAAUUUAUUAAAACAGCGUGUCGAGACAUUGAAAAUUGGAGAAGGUUCCGAGCCUGGUGUUCAAAUUGGCCCACUAAUAAAUACUAUGCAAUUUAACAAGGUUAAUGCGUUUGUGGAAGAUGCUCGUUUGAAAAAUGCCAAUAUAAUAUCUGGCGGCAAACCACUAACGAAUUUGGGAAACUUGUUUUACUCCCCAACUAUAAUCACAGAUGUACCUGUCAAUGCUAAACUGUAUACGGAGGAAGUUUUUGGUCCAGUUGUUUCUAUUGUAAAAUUUAAAACUGAAGAAGAAGUUAUAAAUGCUGCUAACAAUUCCAAUCGUGGGCUUGCUGGGUAUUUCUUCAGUGAAAAUAUCCAACAAGUAUUUCGAGUAGCGAAGCUGCUGGAAGUUGGUAUGGUAGGUGUUAAUGAAGCCCUAAUAUCUGCAGCAGAAGCUCCUUUUGGUGGAGUCAAAGAGUCGGGUAUAGGACGGGAAGGUUGUCAUCAUGGCAUUGAUGAAUACGUCGAAAUUAAAUAUGUGUGUAUGGGUAACUUGAAGUAUUAAAUAUGGUUUGCGGGAAUGCAUACAUUAAAUAUAUUGAAGGAUAAUUUAUAUGUUAAGAAUAUUACAAGAUGUGAUAGUCUUCCAAAUGUUUGAAUGAACGUUAUUUAAAGUACAAUAAAUAAAUUAACAAAAAGCUCGGAAAGAGCAAACUUCCAUUAUAUAAUAAUGUAAUACACGUA